AUGUCACAAAAGGUUGCAGAUAGCCUGGUGACGAUUUCUCAAAUACCUUGCCCUAGUGAGAUUCACGGUGGAGAGAGACUGGACAGAGCACAGGUCAAGGGUUUCUGGCAAGCGUUUUUCACAUCGAGACAAGCCAGUGAUCGCGAGAUGGAUCACAGACUGGAGUACCUGUUCUGGCGAAUAUGGAGCAGCAAAGAUCUCUUGGACCACAUCAAUAUGAAAUACCUGGAUUGGUUGGUGUCUCGUAUCAUGGCUUCUGAGCCCCUCGUUCCAUCAGCAUGGGCAGCCCAUGAGCAAACUAGUUUUUCACUCCCGCUUUCUAGCACAGCAACCUCUCUCCACGCUGUACCCCAGCCUGAAUCCAGAUCCAUGCCCCAGAACGAGGUUUCCGGGCCUGAAGGCGAGGCUCCGGAGUCUGCAACUCUACACCCGAUACUCAAAAAGUCCAAUACUUCCCACGAUGAGCCGCCAAAAAAGACUCGCCUCGUCAUCGAGCAGCCUGGUAUUGGAAGUAUUACCCGCAGCCCAUCCAACCCACCCACGCCAAGCGUGGUAGAGCCAAAAGACAACAUGCUUGACCAAAUGGUGCCAAAGAAAACAUCACUUACCGCCCCGCCACGUUCCUCACGAGGUGGCAAACGUCGACCACUCGUGGUUGGACGCCGCAAGUCAUCGCAAGCAGCCAUCCCCAAGCCUUCAUUAACCAACAAGAAACAAAAUGCAGGUACCAAAGCCUCCGGGGCAAUGGAGGAGAUCUUCGAUGCGGACGAUGACAUGAUUUCAGAACCGUCCACUCCAAAGAGCACUGAGCGCAAGACCCGCGACGCGACGUGGGCUGAUCUUGACCAUGACCAACCCUUCAUCGAUUACCCAGUCACCCUCACCCCUGCAGCAGCCAGUGUUUUGACAGACGGAAAACACCCUGCUAGUACACCCACCAUCACCAUUACCCCUGCCGGCGUACUCCCGAUGUCCGGUUCAUCGGACUCCAUGAAACCCCAAAGAAUCCAGACAGUUAGUGAUGAAGCCCAAUUUAACCAACAGACCAAGGACAGCCAGACUGAACCCCAGGACAUCAGUUCAUCUGAAGACAGAUUCGAUUUUCACGACAGAAUGCCCGUACAGGGAACCCUCGUUCCCGGCUUCACAGAUGCGUACCGAAUCCCUAUGCCCGAAAAAAUGAUGGAUGAACUUUUGGCCAUUAUCAGAGAUGACACGCCUCUGGACGGGCCUAUCCGUACCCCGGAUCGCCCACUGCAUCUCUUUGACCAUGCGUGGCACCCACUCCCGCAACCCAAUUACCUCUUCGACUUCAUGAUCGAGGGUUCCCAUGCCGCCAAGCCGCGGCCGCCGCAAGAACCGCUGGUCUCUAAGAACUUUCGAAAGGAGUGGAAUGACAUUGUUGCGGAGGAGAAUCGGGCUAUUGCGGAGCGAAAGGCGAUGACGGUUGAGGCACAGGAGUCUUUGUCUUUCAUCCAGCAAGGUCGUGAGUACCGAGAGACCGAAGAAGACUGCGAUGACUGGCAGAUUUCUCAGGAGCUUCAGCCUCUGGAGUUGCAGUCGCAAGAGACAGGGGAGCAGUCGGGUCAUUACUCAGAUAGUGAUGAUUCACAGAUUCUUCGGGAGCUGCAGACUGAGCUUCCGUCUCGUUAG